UAUAUAGGAGUGAGAAGUUCUUAGAGCUUCACUAGCUAUUACAACCACCGAUUUUGGCAGUUGGCUUUGCUGUCAAUUGGAAAAUGGCAGCGACGAGUGUUGUCGUUCUCGACAGAGGCAAUAAUACAACUUGUACCGUAAAUCUUUUCGGUGCAACAGUAGUAUCAUGGCGAGUAAAUAAUCAAGAACAAUUAUUUGUUAGUAAACAAGCAAUAUUCGAUGGCAAGAGGCCGAUCCGAGGGGGAGUACCUUUUGUAUUCCCCCAGUUCGGCGACUGGGCGUUCGGGCCGAUGCAUGGGUUCGCGCGCAUCGCCCGUUGGCACGUUGAGAAGAUGCCGGAGCGGCUGCCCAGCGGUGACGUGGAGGCCAUCUUCAGCCUCAUGGAUGACGACUUCACGAGAUCCAUGUGGCACUUUCAGUUCCGACUCACGUACCGGCUGAUCCUGCGCGAGAAGGAGCUGCACUUCAACAUCGGCGUGUACAACCCCAGCAAGGAGCUCACGUUCAGCUGCCAGCUGCUGCUGCACACGUACUUCAAGGUGCCGGACGUGCGCCGCUGCCAGAUCACCGGCCUGCACGGCUGUAUGUUCAUCGACAAGAGCCGCGACGGCGUGAUGUACCAGGACACACGCGAGGUGGUCACCAUCAACGAGUGCACGUCGCGCAUCUACCAGAACACCAUGCAGGAGCACAUCAUCACCAACGUGGUCAGCGGCCGCAAGAUGAGGAUACAGAAGUACAACUUCCCGGAUACGGUGAUAUGGAACCCGUGGGCCGAGCUGGCCAAGGAGAUCCCGGACCUGGGCGACGACGAGUUCCCGAACAUGGUGUGCGUGGAGGCGGGCCGCAUCGCCACGCCCAUCGUGCUGCUGCCCGGCACCGCCUUCGAGGCCAGCCAGAUACUGCAGGUUAUGUAAAAGUCGCAAGCGCGAUCGUACAACCGUCCAGUGGAGCGAAGUCAAUUGCGUAUGUUUAUGACAAUAUUACCGGGGCGAUACAGGCAGCUAUGGUCUAUAUCUAAGCAAUUGUCUAUUGCAUAAAAAAAUCUCGACAAACCAUAGAUAACACACCAUAGUCAAUAACUUACAGUUUUGUCAUGUCAAUCAAAGGCAAGUGAACACGCGCCUUACUUACAGAGCACAGUUUAAGAAAUAUUUUAUUCUACAACAUAAGAUAAUUGUUUCGAUAUCGACUUUACUCGCGUUACAUGUUAUUCCUAACUCCUACUCGUUGUGUAGUAUAAGUAAGAAUCCAUUUUUAAAAUCAAUUGUAUAAUCAGCGAAUAUCCGAUGUUUUUUUGCUCAAAUUUAAAAUCUGUCCGUAAAUAAAAAAAAAUAUGUAAUAUUAUGGUUGUGUUCAUGUCAUAUCUUAUUCGUGGUGUAGCUUAAUGCUUGGCUCACACUCGUAGAUACCUAAAACUUUGUCCAUUAUAAUAUAUUAUAGUCCAGUGCAUUUAUAAAUAAUUUAAAUAACAUAUCCAUUGUCCAGCCUCUUCAACAUUAGCAUAAUGAUGUCAAUUUUGUAUUUUAACUACUAAUUAGUAGGAUUUUUAAUAUUUUAAUUAUUAACGUAAUAUAAUGCCUUAGGCAUGUUAAUAGGGCGCUAGAUUAAUGCAUAUGCAAUAUUUUUCAAUGUUUAAGGUUAUGUCCUCUUUAAUUAACAAUGAAUAAUCGAUACGGUUGUUGUGUAUAAACAUUUCAGUCCGUUUUUCUCAAUUUUAAUAAAUACAUGGAUCUAUAAUUUGAUUUAACGAAGCAGCUAUUUCGCACAAAUAUAAUCUUAAUAAUAAUUAUUAAUCUUGCCAAUUCUGUUUCAAUUCUUGGAAACUUUCUCCUGUUAUUCCCUGUCUUCCUUUUUUUUCUUGUUAUUAGCAAUUUAAAGUCUUUUAUUGUCUUAUUAAUUAUUUUUAACGCAUGAUAAGUGAACCAUUGUACAUGGUACUGUCAAUUUUAACAUAUAAUUCUUUCUUUACGCAUAAUACUCAUGUAAUGUGUGACAUUGUUAACUUGUUUUUUUUUAAGUUAGCGUUAUUUGAUGGGUUCUGUAACUUAUUAAGUUAACUCGACGUUCCAAUUUCAUUCCUAUUUACUUGUUAAGGAUUAUACUUUUGUACUGUUUACAAUAAGAAACAUUUGGUUUUAGGAUUAAUGAAGUUCAAUGUUUUCUCGAGUCUCGCAUGUUAAUUAAAUCUAUGUAUGUACAUAAUAUGUACUGAAUCUCAGCCCCGUGAAUGUACAAAUAUUUUUUUUUAUAUAAUUCUUUUUGUUUGGAUACUUUUGGAGGCUUUUAAAGUAUACGAGAUAAUUGUAAGAAUAUGUACUUAGUUAUAAAGUUCCUCGUUCUGUUUGCAUUGAAAAAAAUGAUAAAUGUUACUAUCCGAUUUUUGUAAGCUCUCUAUAAACAGUUGAGCACAUGCGCCAUAUAUUUUAAUUUUUUAUUACCAUGUUCCUCAAUGUUUAUCUGAAUAAAAGUUAAAAUUAUGUCAUGUUAUGUAUUGGUUUUACAACGCAUGUGCUCAGUUUUAUUUUUAAAAUUGUAAGACAUUAAUUAUCGUCAAGGUUCGUGUAAACAUGAUUAUAUUUGGUGAUCUGAUAAUCGAUAAUUAGCAACGAAGUGUACUUCCUUAGGUGCAAUAAAGUGAUUAAGACAUUA